AUGGACGUGGACCUGCUGGCUGGCGGCCUCCCCAUGCGCGACUCGGCGCCCGCGGUGCCUGGGCGCGCGUCGGCCGACGCUCCUCCAGUGCGGCAGCGGGCGGUGUCUGCGGAGCCAGCUCGCGGAGCUGUCGCCGCCAUACCCUCGUCUGCUUCCAAUUUCGACGACGAGUUCGUUGACGAGCUCUGCGUCGCGGCCCCCUCGGGGCCUGCUGCUGGUGCUGCCGCGGGCGCGGUGGCGUCGGUUGGCGGGGUGAUCGCGGCCUCGGCGGUCAAGGUCGGGCUGCACGGCGACCUCAGGGAACUCGACGUGCGCGAGCGAGCACGGCGCUUGUUCGAAGGGGGGAAGGCAAGCUCAGCGGCGGCGGACGACCUCAUUGAGAGCUGUCGGCGGCGGCAGGCGGCGUCGAGCGGUCCUCCGACGUCCUGA